AUCUAGUAGAUCAUUUGGGAAGGACGUGCGUAGCAUAUAUAAGAAGUGCAACAGUCUGAACUCUGAACACAGAACUGAAGACAUACAUCAAGGCAGUUCAUCUACACAGUACAGAUAUGGAGUCUAUGAAGAGCAAAACAGAAGACAGCACUAAAAGUGAUUUGUCUGAGCAGAUAAAAGCAGCCACUAAAGAUUGUCACGUCAGAGCCGAGAACACACAACUGAUGCUCAACUAUCAGAAAGGACAGAUAACAAAAACACAAUAUAAGCUCCUGCUGUGUUCUCUGUUUGAGAUCUAUCAAGCGCUUGAGGAAGAACUGGACAGGAACUGUGAUCACCCUGCAGUAAAGCCCAUCUAUUUCCCUCAGGAGCUUGCACGACUGGAGUCUCUGGAGCGAGAUCUGGAGUAUUUCUUUGGACCUCAGUGGAGGAAGAGAAUAUCAGUACCUUCAGCAACACAAAGAUACACACAGAGACUGAGAGAGAUCGGCAAAAGCAGGCCAAAUCUUCUUGUGUCACAUGCCUAUACACGCUACCUCGGAGACCUGUCAGGAGGACAGGUGCUUGGCAAAAUUACCCAGAAAUCCUUGGGGCUGACUGAAAACAAAGGGGUGGCAUUUUUCACGUUUCCCGGAGUGACAAGCCCCAACAAAUUCAAGCAGCUGUACAGGAGCAGGAUGAACAGCAUCGACCUAACAGAGCAGGAGAGACGGGACGUUCUGGACGAGGCUACAAGGGCUUUCGAGUUCAACAUUGAGGUCUUUGAUGAUCUUCAGAAAAUGCUCAGCAUCACAGAGAAAAAUUCCAGUGAGAAAGGAAAUGACAUCAACACUCAGUCAAGAACCUUUACCAGUUCUCCGGUUCUUCAGUUUGCAUUGGGUGCGGGCAUCGCUUUGGCAACGGUUGGAAUGGGAGUUUAUGCUUUUUGAUUCAAGAGCAUUUAUAGAGAUCGACUGAUGAAUAAAUCUGAUGCCUACUGCAGUUUUUUAAGGUCUAAUCUAAAGGAUGAACUUUA